UCGUUCAACAGAAAGUCCAUUCCCACUUGACAAAGCUCAUUCCACCCUUGCAUCUGGUUCAUUGCCAUUCUACAGACUUAUCGCCAAUUUCGCAGUCUCCCACGAACACUAGACUCAUGCUAUGCCAUGGCACACUCAUCGCCGGGACAGCUUAGGGCCUCCGAUGCUACCGACGGAGCAGCUGCUACACGCAGUGUCGGCGAGUUUGCUGCGAGUGGAGUGGACCAAGGUCACGGCGAUCCAGGUACCUCGUUCGACGCGCAAGAACCGAUAGUCUCUGAUGAGCCACUGUCAAGAGUCUCUGGCUCUGGUCAAGGGGCUGUCGAUUCUGGUGUAUUCGACUCUGCAAUGCCGUUGAAGCGACCGAUGAUUAGACCGCCCCCUGACCUGGACAAGGGUUAUGAAUUCGGCCCCGCGAGGCCACUGGCCCCUGAUCAAUUCACGAAGCGCCUCAUCAAACCCACGCUACUUCACGAUGACCAGCCUCGCCAGCCGCACGAAUCCGCUCUUCGCCUGGGCGGGCGAGAUGAUAGGCCCCGGUCUUAUUUCCCUGUCGCGGAUACGCGGUUAACAGAACCUGUCAGAGAUGCGCUUACAUCCACAUCCCCGGGCGAGAUGCGCUUGCAACCCCCGGGAGGUCAGCAUCGUGAGGAAGCUAGUAACGGCAUCACCCGCGAAAUGGCUGCAUCGAAAUUCUUUGGGACGCUUACGACGCCUCCUUUUCUAGACACUCCUCCCAAGCGUGCAGAAAGGAAGCACGCUCAGAGUGAAAACACGCCCCCGGAAACGAGACGUCCAGUCUCUUCAGGCGACGAGACACUCAGGGUUCAAAAUCUCGGUUUACCAGCCGUUGGAACCGAUGAGCACGGAAGUAGCUCACGCUCUCGUCAGCCAGAGACAACUGAGAAGGAUUAUUCGCCUCACACUCGCCUGCAUCGUCAAUAUCCCCAAUAUGAUCCCCAACGCUAUCAUGGGGGACAGCAGAAAGAGACGGAGGAUCUCGAAGGUCGCCAUGCUCCACUGCCAUCCAUCGCUGGCUCCAGUACCUCAGGAGGGAAAGCUACCCAUCAGGGAAGAGAUCACAUGGCAAACAGGCCAUUAAGGGACGUGUCACAGGGGAGAGUCACCAAACCAGCUCCACAGCAGCGAUCAGGUUCACGGAGCUCUAACGUCUCAAGACGGCGGUUCGCCCGCGAUCUGAGCAUACAAGCUGCCCGCGAUGUCGAUCGUGUGGAAGGGUCCAGGGCAGGUUCCAUGAUAUCGAAUCCGAUUCCGUCGGAACGUAGAGUCGAAAUCAGUCGCGAAUUUGCCGAGGGCUUAGCUGGAAUGAUCAACCAAUUCACCUGCCGGCAAAACUCAGCUUUAGAAGAGCAGAAAGCAAUGUAUAACAAGUAUAUCAAACGACUCAAGCGAGAUCUUGCCGAGGAGUCCAAAGUCACUGCCUCGCAGAAGGCGGAGAUUCACUCUCACACCAAGAAGAUCAAGCAUCUGCAGGCUUCGGAAGAACGCCUCACGGACCAAAUCCGGGACAUGGAAGUCAAGUUGGCUGCCUCUGAGGAUCGAGCGCGGAGGCUCGAAGAGAAGUAUGAGAUUUGUAGAACGCACCUCAACGCUGCCAUUCAAGAGCAGCAGGAUUUGUAUACCCGCUCAAAAAAGCAGUGGCAAGAGGCGGUUGAGAAAGUGCGGGCGGCUGGCAAAGCUCAAGUUUCUGAGGCUGAGAUGGUAAUCCGGAAGGCAGAAGUGAUCAGGGAGCAGAUGAUGGAGAAGGUCCGUCAGGUCGUCUCCCAGAACAAGAAUGAGUCGUCAGAACGCAGCUUGAUUCCUUGACACAACAGAUCCAAGGAAAAGAGGCCGAGCUAGAAAGAGAAAGACAGUCGGUCAAGGCCUUGACGGAACAAGUACGGAGUCUUCAAACUACCUCUAAUGAAUUUGAGGUUCUUGCCGAGCAUAG